AUGGGAAGGGCUAAGGCAGUUGGGCCAGAUAACAUACCGAUUGAGGUAUGGAAAUGCUUGGGAGAAGAAGGAGUACAUUGGCUAACUAUUUUAUUCAAUCUUAUUUUCAAAUCUGGGAAAAUGCCAGAUCAAUGGAGGAAUAGUGUAGUAGUACCUGUGUAUAAGAACAAAGGGGACGCCCAAUGUUGUGGGAAUUAUAGAGGGAUUAAGUUGCUAGGGCACACUAUGAAAUUAUGGGAGAGAAUAAUUGAGACGAGAAUCCAAAGAGAAACUCAAGUCACGGGGGCUCUUCCGUGGUGCCUGCUUUUUGCAGAUGAUAUCGUGUUAGUUGCUGAUAGUAAACAAAGCUUGAAUGCGAGGUUAGAAGAGUGGCGAGCAGCUUUAGAGGGAAGAGGUUUAAAGAUUAGUCGAUCUAAGACAGAGUACUUGUAUUGCGACUUUAGUGGAGUAGACAACGAUGAGGACAUUCAGAUCACCAUUGACAGUCAAGCGGUCCCGCAGGUGACUAAGUUCAAGUAUCUAGGAUCGUUUUUCCAGAGGGAUGGGGAGAUAGAUAGUGAUGUUGCCCACCGCAUCCAGGUCGGAUGGUGUAGGUGGAGAGCUGCCACUGGGGAAGUACAGGCACGCAAGAUGGAGGUAGCAGAGAUGAGAAUGCUAAGAUGGAUGUGUGGCCACACAAGGUUAGACCGGAUAAGAAAUGAUGUUUUUAGGGAAAUGUUAGAAGUAGUUAGUAUAUCAGAUAAGAUAAAGGAGGGAAGAUUGAGAUGGUUUGGGCAUGUGAAGAGGAGGCAGGCGAUAGAACCAGUUAGAGUGGUUGAAACCCUCGAGGUGGAGGGGAGGAGGAGUAGAGGCAGACCCAAAAUUACUUUGGAUGAGCGGAUUAGGCAGGAUUUGCAAAAAUUGCACCUCUCUAAGAACAUGGUCCAUGAUAGGAGCUCGUGGAGACGUAGGAUUAAGGUUAAGGAUUUCUAG